AUGUCAAUACUUAACGAUGCACUUAAACGCACCAACUAUGACUCUGACCCCAUGGUGAAGGCAUGCGGCAUUUCAAUUGCCCAACAUUUUACUCAAAUUGAAGGGAGGGUCCUGCCAGCACCCAAGCUGAAAGCCGGUAACGGUGAAGAAUUCUUCCCACGCAACGGAAGGUGGAAUGUUUCGAAAAAGAAGCUGAUUCGGACAUGUUCUGUCAACAAAUGGGCAGUUGUCAAUUUCUCUGCAGAGUGUGAUGUUCAUGGUCUUGUCCAAGAGCUUAAAAGGAUUGCAACUGAAAUGGGGAUUAAAAUAGAGUACCCUUAUUGUGAUGUAAUUGAAGAGAGCCCGUCGGCAAGAAGAGCUCCUGCAUCACGUAGAGUGGACGAGAUGUUUGCUAAGAUAAAUUCCGAUCCACCUGGAGACCCCAAGUUCCUCCUGUGUCUUCUUCCUGUGAGAAAAAACUGUGAAAUUUAUGGGCCUUGGAAGAGGAAGUGUCUUGUUGAAUGCGGCAUCUUCAUACAAUGUCUAGCUCCUCCAAGAAAAGUCAACGAUCAGUACCUGAUUAAUGUGUUAUUGAAGAUAAAUGAUAAACUUGGUGGUCUCAACACAUUGCUGCAAUGUGAACUAUCCCCUGCACCUGCAGUACUACCCAUUGUGGGGAAGCUGCCUACUAUCAUCUUGGGCAUGUAUGUGUCACAUGGUCAGCCUGGGCAAUCUGAUAGGCCUUCCACCGCUGCGGUCGUUAAUUCUCGCGAGUGGCCUCUCAUCUCCAAGUACAGAGCAACAGUGCACACUCAAUCACCCAAACUAGAAAUGAUGUCCUCCUUAUUUAAACCAUGGGGAAAGGAUGAUGGCCUCAUUCGGGAAUCACUCAUGGACUUCUACACUAGUUCUGGGAAUCGAAAACCAGAGCAAAUUAUUAUUUUCAGGGAUGGAGUUAGCGAAAGCCAGUUUACUCAGGUCAUCAACAUUGAGCUGGAGCAGAUCAUCGAGGCCUGCAAGUUCCUCGACGAGACGUGGGAGCCUAAGUUCACAGUCAUUGUUGCUCAGAAAAAUCAUCAUACGAGAUUUUUCCAGGCUCAGUCUCCAGAUAAUGUUCCUCCUGGGACCGUCGUGGAUAAAGAGGUCUGCCAUCCCAAGAAUUUCGACUUCUACAUGUGUGCACAUGCUGGGAUGAUAGGCACGUCGAGGCCAACACAUUACCAUGUUCUGCAUGACGAGAUCGGAUUCACCGCAGAUGAGCUUCAGGAAUUUGUGCAUUCGCUUUCAUACGUGUACCAGAGGAGCACAACAGCGAUAUCAGUCGUUGCUCCGAUUAUGUACGCGCAUCUGGCGGCUGCACAGGUAGGCACGUUCGUGAUGUUUGAAGACAUGUCGGCGGGCAGCAUCCUGGUGCCGGAGCUGCCUCGGCUGCAUGAGAAUGUGAGGAGCUCCAUGUUUUUCUGCUGA